AUGAUUCUAUCAUUAGUUAAUAGUGAUUGUGAUGGAGAAUUUAAAAUUAUGUGUUAUUUUUCAUCAUGGACUGGUAUUCAUCCAGAUGCUAAAAAUUGUACACACAUCGUAUAUACAUUUGCACGUAUUGAAGAUGAUAAUACACUUACUGGUGUAUGGAAUAAUCCAUUGAAAGAUUUUAAAAAUAAUAAAGAUCCUCAAUUAAAAGUUUUAUUAGCUAUUGGUGGUCAAGAUUAUGCAAUAAGACGUGCUAAUGAAAUGAUGUCAAAAGAUGAAUAUCGUCAAAAAUUUGUUAUUUCAACAACAAAACUUUUACGAACACAUGAAUUUGAUGGUAUUGAUUUAAAUUUUGAACCAAGUGAAGCAUUAGGACCACCAUCAACACCUAAUCCACAAUUAAUUGAUGAUAAAAAAAAAUUAUCUAAACUUUGUAAAGAUCUUCAAGAAGAAUACACUGAAGAAGCUAGUCGAACAGGACGAUCACGUUUAUUACUAACGGUUACUAUAUCAGGCAUAAAAAAACAACUUGAAUCACGUUUUGAUUUACAAGAACUUGCUCAAUGCGCUGAUUGGCUUAAUGUUCAAACGUAUGAUUAUCGUGGUUCACGAGAUAAAAUUGCUGAACAUCAUAGUUCUUUAAUGCAAGCAAUACAUGCUGAAAAUGAUGAUAAAGAUCUCAAUCAGGAUUCAGCAAUUAAAUAUAUUCUUGAUUCGGGUAUUGAACCAUCGAAAUUAUUAGUUGGUCUUCCAGCAUUUGGAAAAAAAUUUCGUUUAACUAGUGAUUUACAUGAUCUUGGUAGCCCAGCUACAUUUGUAGGCAGUGUGCCUUACACUGAACUUUGUCGAAAUAUGAUGUCUGGUUGGCAACGAGUUUUUCUUGACGAUCGUAAAGUACCAAUUAUGAUUAAAGGUGAUGAAGUUAUUGGUUAUGAUGAUCUUCAGAGUAUGGAAUUAAAAAUUAAUUAUGCAAAAGAACAACGUCUUAGUGGUAUUUUUAUUUAUCCAGUUAAUUUUGAUGAUAGUUCUGGUCAAUCAUGUAAUCAAGGAAAAUUUCCUAUUGUUACACUUGUUAAACGUUUAACAUCGAAUUAUACUGUUUCAUGUUUACCAUUAACAACACCACCUUUAAAUACAACUGUAGCACCAAAAAAUCGUACGAAAAUAAUAACACCUAAAUGGAAAUUAACACGUCCAGAUUAUUUACUACCUGGAGUAGGUUUCAAUAAAUAUCAUCAUCGAAAAACAUAUAAUACAGGUUAUUUAUUAACAUCAAUGUAUACAACUGUAUGCCUUCAUUUUAUCUUUCUAUUCCUUCUUCUUGUUUAA